UUAGUGCUGAAAUCUGGCAAAAGAUCGUCCAGCGGCCAGUACAAAGACGAAGCUUACUGGGAAAGAAGAAGGAAAAACAACGAAGCAGCAAAAAGAUCAAGAGACACUAGAAGACAGAAAGAAGAAGAGAUUGCACAAACAGCUCAGUCGCUGGCGGAAGAAAAUCUAGGUUUGAAAGCUCAAAUAAAAAUUUUAAGAAACGAAUUGUCAACCCUUCAAGCACUGUUA